AUGAGCUGCUAUGCCAAUAAUUCCAGAGUCUUCGUGAAGUCAUGCAAACGCCAAUCAUACAACCCCCUACAACUAAACAGGAGGAAAUGCUCCAUGCUGGUCAUCGACAAACUAACCAAGUCUUUCUCGAACGGCUUGGUGCACGGACACGGAUACUUCGAACAGAGGGCCUUCUCCAUCAAGCAGUUGUCCGUGGAGGUGUCUGAUUUGCACGUCGGCGCAGAUGGUCGACUCACUCUGACCUGCAUAUCCACCAUACCCGGAUACGUCCACAACAUGGACACUUACGCCGAUAAGAGGAGCUCAACGGUGCAAAGUAGGUGUAUGUUUCAUGGUCUCAAACAGUGGUCGUCAACCUGUUGA